AUGAUGGAUGACAACAAGCAGCUGGCCCAGAGGAUAGACGGGGCCAUCCAGUCGGCGAGCCAAGAGGUGACCAACCUGCGCUCCGAGCUCAGCGCCACGAGCCGGAGACUGGCCGAGCUGGGGGCCAACGACUCCAGCGGAGGGAGUGGGAGCGGGAGCAGCACCGGGAACAGCACAGAGGGGAGCCAACACAACCACAACGUGUUCUGCAUUAGCCAGAGGGUCACUGGUCCACUGCACAGCCCCAGACAGGCUCUCCUCUGGGGGCGGCAGCAGGGAAGCAGUCCAGGACACUACCUGGUUCUCCGCGGCUAA